AUGUCCGACGCCUUCGGCACUGCCAUGAUCAACCGCUCGUUGGGGAACGUCAGAAAUGAACUUGAGUUUCUCGUCGACGCCGCUGUCAUCACCCAGCAGCAGUACGAUGCCAUCAUCAACCAGAUUCCCGCCAAUGCCUCCUCUGCCCGCGCCCGCGCUGGCCCUCCCUCCGCCCAGCUGUCUAGCAUCAGCCUGAACUCGCCCACUCCUGAGCCCAUGCCUGAGAAGAAGAGCAACAAUGUUGGCUAUUAUUCUGAUAACGUCGCAAACCCGCCCCCACCCGCCUACCCAUCCGCUCCUGCUGCUCCCGUCGGCCCACCUGCUCUCUGCCAUGCCACCGCCAUGUACCAAUACAAUGCCCAGGACGCCGGAGAUCUGGCUCUGCAGCCCAAUGACAAGAUUGUUGUGUCUGAGUACAUGAACAACGAGUGGUGGAAGGGACGCAAUGAGCGCUCCGGCCAGGAGGGUAUUUUCCCUGCCAGCUAUGUUCGUCGCGAGGAGAGCAAGGCUAUGGUCCCUGUUGCUUCCCCUGGCCCUGUCGCCAGCAACUACGGCAAUGCGCCUCUCGAUGUUGCCAACAACGCCGAACCGAACAAGGAGCCGGGCAAAUUUGAGGAGGGUGGCAAGAAGUUCGGUAAGAAGCUGGGCAAUGCCGCCGUUUUCGGUGCCGGUGCUACCAUUGGUAGCAAGAUUGUGAAUGGAAUUUUCUAA